AUGUCUGAACUUCAUCCGAUCUGUCAGCUUGAGAUCAACGAAGUUGUUUCGAAUUAUCUUCUACAUGUCUUCAGUACCAAUAGAUCAAUCCAACUUACAAAAGUUUCAAGACGCCAGAUCCAAAGACUUGAAGCUGCAGCAGGAGUAAUCCUAAGCUUUGAAGAAGGAUUAACCAAUAAGAAAGAUGUCAUUGACUCAAAGCGUGACACACUUGCUGCUUUCUUAACGAAACACCCAUGGGUGAACAUAGAUCUUAAGAUACCAUACCAAGGACUCGUUGAAACAUUCACGAUUUACAGACAACUCCUUGACAGACCUGAGCAGAACCUUCUGGUCGAACGUGAUGGCACAUUAAACCCUACAGACCAGCAGGUUGAGAAAGAAGAAGCUCAAGAGUAA